AACUAAAAACGAAUAUGUGUGAGCAUUUAAUCCAUUCCAUAAAAAGACGAAAUGAAUUUGGACAAGUUCCUUACGCUGUGAGCCUGUGACUUUCUGAAGUAUCACUUUCUCUGGGGCCGUAUAUAUGAAUUAUUAUCAUUUAUCUACACCAUUGCAACUAUAAUAAGGCAAAGACUAUAUGAAGAUUAUAGUGAAUAAUGGAAUGGUUCAGGUGCCCCGUUUUUGCAUGUUUAUUCCCAGUCUUUUUCUUUCUUAUUUUCUUCAUCUUCUUUCCCCUUAAGGAACAAAACCAUCUUACCCACUUCCACUUCCCUCCUCCUUUCCUUGUUUCCACUAUCAAAGAAAACCACACAAAUAUAACUUCUCCCUCCCCACCACCACCUCUUCCACUUGAGCUUCUUUCCAACUUUACUCCUGCAAAGGAAACCUACAAUAAUAACACUAUUUUAAGUAGCGCUAUGAAGAAAUUGACUGAUUUGGAAAAAAUAGAAGGAGGUUUAGCACGAGCACGGGCCUCAAUUCAGGGGUCUAUACUAUCAAGGAACUAUACUUCGGCCACCACACAAUACUUUGUCCCAAAAGGAUCCAUUUACUGGAAUCCAUAUGCUUUUCAUCAGAGUCACGAAGAGAUGUUAAAGAGAUUCAAGGUGUGGGUGUACGAGGAAGGAGAGCAACCAUUAGUGCAUGAUGGACCCGCAAAUGAUAUAUACGCCAUUGAAGGGCAAUUCAUGGAUGAAAUAGACAACGAUGAUAAGUGGAGCCACUUCAGGGCUAGACAUCCUGAGCAAGCACACGUUUUUCUAAUUCCCUUUAGUAUAGCUAACAUUGUUCACUAUGUUUACAAGCCUAUUCGAAAGCAUUCAGACUAUGAACCUAUUCGCUUGCAACGCUUGGUGGAAGAUUAUAUUAGAGUUAUUGCAUAUAAGUAUCCUUAUUGGAAUAGAAGCCAAGGGGCAGAUCAUUUUUUACUAUCAUGUCAUGAUUGGGGUCCGAAAGUUUCAUAUGGCAACACUAAACUCUUCGAAAGUUUCAUCAGGGCACUUUGCAAUGCAAACACCUCGGAAGGAUUUCAACCAAACAAAGAUGUGUCCAUCCCUGAAGUUUAUUUGCCGAAAGGAAAGUUAGGCCCACCCAAUUUGGGGCAACGCCCAAAUGAUCGCACCUUAUUAGCUUUCUUUGCUGGAAGAGAACAUGGUGAAAUUCGAAAAAUAUUGCUGAAUCAUUGGAAGAACAAAGAUAAUGAUGUCCAAGUUUAUGAAAAUCUUCCAAAGGGCAAAGACUACACCAAAUUAAUGGGACAAAGCAAGUUUUGCUUGUGCCCCAGUGGGUAUGAAGUUGCAAGUCCUAGAGUGGUGGAAGCAAUUCAUGCGGGGUGUGUGCCCGUCAUAAUUUCUAGUAAUUACUCUCUACCCUUUACUGAUGUGUUGAAUUGGAGUCAAUUUUCAGUGGAGAUUCCGGUGGAAAAGAUACCAGAAAUCAAGACUAUACUGCAAAGUGUUUCAAGGAACAAGUAUUUGAGACUGCACAUGAAUGUGUUGAGGGUUCGAAGGCAUUUUAUGAUCAAUCGACCAGCAAAGCCAUACGAUUUGUUGCAUAUGAUAUUUCACUCAUUAUGGCUCAGAAGGCUAAACCUUAAACUUAUUGGUUCAAAAUAACUAGCUUUUUUUUUUUAAGCACUCUCACGGAAGAAAAAUCUUAAAAAUAUU